AGUCGGUCAGGCAGCAGCCCCUCCCCUCUGCCCUCGGUCUCCAGUUCUCCAGUGCUGACGGGUCAGCUCACCAACAGCCACUGCUCACGAUGGAGGCCAUCAAGAAGAAGAUGCAGAUGUUGAAGCUGGACAAGGAGAAUGCUCUGGACCGGGCGGAACAAGCCGAAGCUGAGCAGAAGCAGGCGGAAGAGAGGAGUAAGCAGCUGGAGGACGAGCUGGCGGCCAUGCAGAAGAAGCUGAAAGGGACGGAGGACGAGCUGGACAAGUUCUCCGAAGCGCUGAAGGACGCCCAGGAGAAGCUGGAGCUGGCGGAGAAGAAGGCCGCUGACGCCGAGGCUGAGGUGGCCUCCUUGAACCGCAGGAUCCAGCUGGUUGAGGAAGAGCUGGACCGCGCCCAGGAGCGCCUGGCCACUGCCCUGCAGAAGCUGGAGGAAGCUGAGAAAGCUGCUGAUGAGAGCGAGAGAGGUAUGAAGGUUAUUGAGAACCGAGCCUUAAAGGAUGAAGAAAAGAUGGAACUCCAGGAAAUCCAACUCAAAGAGGCCAAGCACAUUGCAGAAGAGGCAGAUCGGAAGUAUGAAGAGGUGGCUCGGAAGUUGGUGAUUAUUGAGGGGGACUUGGAACGCACGGAGGAACGAGCUGAGCUGGCAGAGUCCCGUUGCCGGGAGAUGGAUGAGCAGAUCAGACUGAUGGACCAGAACCUCAAGUGUCUGAGUGCUGCUGAAGAAAAGUACUCGCAAAAGGAGGACAAAUACGAGGAAGAGAUAAAGAUUCUCACGGAUAAACUUAAGGAGGCAGAGACCCGUGCUGAGUUUGCUGAGAGAUCGGUCGCGAAGCUGGAGAAGACAAUUGAUGAUUUGGAAGAUAAGCUGAAAUGCACCAAAGAGGAGCACCUGUGCACACAGAGGAUGCUGGACCAGACUCUGCUGGACCUGAAUGAGAUGUAGAGCACCCAUCCCGCCCGCCGCUGCUCCUCCCUCUGCCCCGACUCCGCCUGAGGCCGGCCUGCCCGAAGCCGGCCUUGCAACUGAGGGCUGAUCUUUAACUGGAAGGCUGCUUUCUCCUCUUGCCGCCUCUCCCACCCCAACCCCUGUCUUUUUCGCCAAACUGUCUCUGCCUCUCCCUAGAGAUUCCAGCUGGGCUUGAGGCCGAGCACCUUUGGGAACAAUGUUGGAGGGAAUGUGAGCACAAUGCAAAGUGUCUUUAAAAGCAUGUUGUGAUGCACACAUUUUGUAAUUCCUUUGUUGCUGUUGUUGAUGUAGCGACCAUGUAAAACAUUCCAGAUUACCCACGGUUCUGAAGCAGCGGUCUCAUCCCUUCCUCACAUGUGGCAAGUCACUUUUCAGAUCGGUGCAUACUGCCCUCCGCAGAGCGGGGCCUGCCUCGCUGAGAGCCGGAGCCUGGAAUGAGCCCCACUCUGGGAAGCUUCAUUGCUUUGUCCAAAGUACCAGCCAAAUUAGAAAGAUGAUUCCAGGAGGCGUGGCCAAAAAAGUGUGGCUCAGGGUUUUGCUUUAAGGUAUCUUUGAGCAACUUUAUUAAUUUUUUUUUUCAUCAGAAGUGACCAAACAAAUUAAGAUGGUGAGACCUCUCUCUGAGACCAAAUCCCGGGCCUGUCUUGGCCCUAACUGCCCACAGAAUGGAUCAUGUUCCCCUUAUGUUGAAGUGACCACUUACUUGCUCUCCUGCCUCCUUGAAGGAAAAAAA